CUGCCAAUCAGUCGCUGUCUCUAGCAGCCUCCUGACAGCUUGUCUUCUUCAUCGGCUUGGGGGCCGAGCAGGUCAACCUCCUGGGGCACGGGGCUGCUGACAUGGGGGCCCUUCUGUGGUCACUCUUGCUCUUGCUGCUCCAGGCAGCCAAAGGGUAUUCUGGAGAUGAUGUGGCUACAGAAGAAGUAGUUGCGGUCUUUCAGGAGUCCAUCAGCCUCCCCCUGGAAAUACCAGCCGAUGAAGAGGUUGAGAACAUCAUCUGGUCCUCUUACGGAAGGCUUGCCACCGUGGUUCCGGGGAAGGAGACACAGCUGGCUACCGUCAUGGUGGCCAACCCUCGAUACGAGGGCCGAGUGAGCUUCCUGGACACCAGCUACUCCCUGCACAUCAGCAAUCUGAGCUGGGAGGACUCAGGGCCAUACCAGGCUCAGGUCAACCUGAGGACAUCGCAGAUCUCCACCAUGCAGCAUUACAAUCUACGUGUCUACCGACGGCUGUCGGAGCCUCGUGUCACUGUGAACUUUGAGAUUGCUCAGGAAGAUGGCUGCAAUAUAUCUCUGACCUGUUCUGUGGAGAAGGCAGGCCUGGACGUGACCUACAGCUGGAUCUCCUGGGAGGAUGGCAUGGACACAGUCCACGAGAGCUCUGCCCUCAGCACAACCUGGCGGCCGGGGGACAAUGCCCUCUCCUACACCUGCAGGGCCAGCAACCCCGUCAGCAGCAUCACCUCCCGCCUCAUCCCUGCCGGGCUCUUCUGUGCAGAUCCCGGCUUUCCUCUGAAGAAGGCGACUUACUUCUGCCUCUUGGCCAAAGGACUGCUUCUUCUCUUGCUCAUCGUAAUUCUGGCUGCGGGGCUCUGGCUCAUCCGAGCCCAGAAACGAUGCCAAAUGCCAAGGAUGAGGAAGCUCAAGAGAAACAGACUCUGGCUGAAGAAGAAGGAGAAGCCCCGUCCCAGCCUGGCCUGAGCGCCCCUGGGGACCCCUGUCCUGAGCACUGCUUCUCAGCCCCUGGGGAGUCCUCCCCCACCCCUCCUGGGCGCUUCUCCUCCCAGGGGGCAGAGGCGUGGGUGUCCAAAGGGCCAUACUCCCCAGGUCGGGGGGCAUGAUUCUCUGGCAAUAAAGUCCUAUCAGGCGACGGCCAC